CUAGGGGUACCGCGCUCCCAACAGCGCGGAUCCUUUUUGGAAAUUAAUAUUAAAAAAAAAAAAAAAAACAGAGGGGAAGGUGGGAGCAAGAGAGAAGGCGAGACACACAGAGCGAGAGACACAGAUCUCGACAGUGAAAGGAAGAAAGGCCACAGUCACCGGCAGCCGAUGUAAAGACUGGACUCAGUGCGCCCCUCGCCGCCUCUGCCCGGCCACAUCGAUGUUGCAGCCCGCUCGCCCUCAUCACGAUGAACGCGCAGCUGACCAUGGAGGCGAUCGGCGAGCUGCACGGGGUGAGCCAUGAGCCGGUGCCCGCCCCUGCCGACCUGCUGGGCGGCAGCCCUCACGCGCGCAGCUCCGUAGGGCACCGCAGCAGCCACCUGCCUCCCGCGCACCCGCGUUCCAUGGGCAUGGCCUCCCUGCUGGACGGCGGCAGCGGAGGCAGCGAUUACCACCACCACCACCGCGCCCCUGAACACAGCUUGGCUGGCCCCCUGCACCCCACCAUGACCAUGGCCUGUGAAACUCCCCCAGGUAUGAGCAUGCCCACCACCUACACCACCUUAACCCCUCUGCAGCCGCUGCCGCCCAUCUCCACCGUGUCUGACAAGUUCCCUCACCAUCAUCACCACCACCAUCACCACCACCACCCACACCACCACCAGCGCCUGGCGGGCAACGUGAGCGGUAGUUUCACACUUAUGCGAGAUGAGCGCGGGCUGGCCUCCAUGAAUAACCUCUAUACCCCCUACCACAAGGACGUGGCUGGCAUGGGCCAAAGCCUCUCGCCCCUCUCUGGCUCCGGUCUGGGCAGCAUUCACAACUCCCAGCAAGGGCUCCCCCACUAUGCUCACCCCGGCGCGGCUAUGCCCACCGACAAGAUGCUCACCCCAAAUGGCUUUGAAGCCCACCACCCUGCCAUGCUCGGUCGCCACGGGGAGCAGCACCUCACGCCCACCUCGGCCGGCAUGGUGCCCAUCAAUGGCCUUCCUCCGCACCAUCCCCAUGCCCACCUGAAUGCCCAGAGCCACGGACAGCUCUUGGGCACAGCCCGGGAGCCCAACCCUUCGGUGACCGGCGCUCAGGUCAGCAAUGGAAGUAAUUCAGGGCAGAUGGAAGAGAUCAAUACCAAAGAGGUGGCGCAGCGUAUCACCACCGAGCUCAAACGUUACAGCAUCCCACAGGCCAUCUUCGCGCAGAGGGUGCUCUGCCGUUCCCAGGGGACCCUUUCGGACCUGCUGCGAAACCCCAAGCCCUGGAGCAAACUCAAGUCCGGUCGGGAGACCUUCCGGAGAAUGUGGAAGUGGCUGCAGGAGCCAGAGUUCCAGCGCAUGUCAGCGCUCCGCUUAGCAGAAAGCGGCCUGGGUGGCAGUGUGCCUUCUCUGAGGACCACAUCUGGAGGCCCCCAACUGUCGGUUCCUCACUUACCUGCCUGCAAAAGGAAAGAGCAGGAACACGGCAAGGACAGAGGCAACACCCCCAAAAAGCCCAGGCUGGUUUUCACAGACGUCCAACGUCGAACUCUACAUGCAAUAUUUAAGGAAAAUAAGCGUCCAUCCAAAGAAUUACAAAUCACCAUUUCCCAGCAGCUGGGGUUGGAGCUGAGCACUGUCAGCAACUUCUUCAUGAACGCGAGGAGGAGGAGUCUGGACAAGUGGCAGGAUGAGGGCAGCUCCAAUUCAGGCAACUCGUCAUCUUCAUCAGGCACUUGUACCAAAGCAUGAAGGAAGAACCACAGACUAGAACCUCGGUGGAAAAGCUUUAAAUUUAAUAAUAAAAAAAAAUGUUUUUAAAGACCAGGACCUCAAGAUAGCAGGUUUAUACUUAGAAAUAUUUGAAGAAAAAAAAGUGGUAUUUAUAGUCCAAAGAAACCAAAGACUGAAGCUCACCUGCAUUCUGACUUUGUUCAGAGACACACACUUCAGCGGGGCAAGACUCGGCAUGAAAAAUGAUGGGGAAAACAUCGGAUCUCACACCUCCACCCCUGCGCCUCACUGUGCUUGGCUGCCCAGUGGCUCGAAGCACAGUCAUGUUUGAGCCAUUGAGUGGACAUGUUUUAACAUCAGACAUUCUCACCGGUUCCACCACACCACAAAGGUGUAUAGUGUCUCAAUAUCACGUAUGGCUGUGCGUGUGUGUGCACACACACACACAGCUACACACACCACCACCACCACCAGUGGUUAGGGACUCAGGCAGGGAUGGUCUUCAGGAAGGGUUAUGCUACAGGAGUGUGACCAACAUGGUGUGGGAUUUCUAAAUUCAUCGGAUUUGAGGUGUGAUUUCUCUCAUCUAGCCUAGCGUUUGAACCUGCCAGGCCUACGACCUCAAUGCAGAUUCAAACCCAGCAAAGAAAAUUUGAAUGGCGCCUAAACCAGUGCACUCUCUUUGUUUGUUAAGAAAUGUUCAGAUAUUUUUUAAAAAGUAAAACAAGAGCCCAUCCAUUUAAAAAAAAAAAAAUCACCUAGGUACCAAAGAACACACAAUAUUAUAGUGCAGGUAUUUUAUUGCAAUGAUUUUAAUAACCAAAGCUAUUUUUACACAAGAUACUAUGUAAAGUUAUACGUAGGAACUGGUCUAGCCGUAAUCCACAUGCCACGUAGAUUCAGGAUGAUUAGCUAUUGACUCUUGAAGCAUCGGAAAUAUGAGUUUUCAGAACUGGCAAGGAAGAGUAUGUAGCUUCAGGGAAGCAGUGACCACCAUAGCAGGAAGGUCGACGUGAUGCACGUGGGAUCCAUAAAUGUCACGUACGCAGAGAAAAGGCG